ACCACAUCAUAUCUGACUUUUCCAACUAACGCGUGCAGUAGUACAACGCCGCUGUUGUGCAUGCAACAGCUUAACAUACACGACGUUGACAGGUAUCGGGGUUCAAUUCUUUGUCUAGACAGGAAUUCAUAUUACAACGGUCCGCCGGCUGGAGUUGGUCCAGGUGUCAAUAGCAAGUUGUCCUUGUACAUAUGCUGCUCAGUUCGAGCGGGUUAUCAUGGCACAUCGGAUCGUGCACCGCUCGCUCUUGAACAUGGCCCGUGGAAUUACCAACCAGACGUCGUUCUCAGCUUGACGGCUUGGACUGGUACACGUGAAAGCAAUGGUCCUUGCGCUCAUCUGGUACAGAAAAAUUUCACACUCUGUAGCGUCACGGAACCAGGUCCUUCAUUCGUUCUUAGGGGUACCACGGACACCAAUCGAUUAGGAAUCACUCCUGAUCGCGAUCAGGCAUGGAUCGGGCUACAAAGCAUAAAUGGCAGGCGAUGUAGAACGAACAAGUGGACAGCUAUAACCCUUUCUUCUACAUGAUUUCUACCAGACGGAGCUGAAAGACACUGUAUUCCCGGCGCUGCCACGGUUGUGCGGAUGGGCUCCCCACUUUUACUGACCAGACCCGGGCCGCGCUGACACUGACGGUUCUUUAUACAACCGGAGAAGUAAUGAGCUGCACACAACCGAGACUGACCUGUGAACGCGGUCAUUAGUUAUGAGGCUGUUGUCCCUGAAUUGGGAAAGGAACCUACGAUAGUGCCAUUGCUAAGGACGCCCAAACAGGCGACAGUCGGGCGUGGCCCGCGGGAUAAACCACCCCGGCGGCGAUUGGUAGUGCUAUGAGGUUAUAAAUUGUCGCCCAAAGCUGUAAGCAAGCCAACACCGUGGACAUAAGUCAGCAUUGAAUCACCUAGGCGUAAUGAACAUCACGUACGAAGUUAAACUUCACUCGAUUGAAGACAGUGCUCGACAAGUCGAUCAGAGUCAGCAGACUGGCCAGGUUCGACGACAUUAAUAUGAACGAGGCACUGGAAAGUGCGACAUCACCUGGUAGGUAUAUGCACCAAUAUUAGAA